UACCAGACAAUCCAACUAAAACAAAACAAAACAAAAAAGAACUCGUGCAACUGCAAUCUCUCUCUGACAAAAACCAUGUACCGCCGAACCAAAGCCACAUCGAAGGCGAAGGCUAAGUCCAAGUCCCUCGCCGGACAAGGGUCCGGGAAGGGGAAGAACCCAAUUCCAUCCCAACCGACGAAGCUCCAAGAGAAGAAGAAAGAAAAAAAGGCGGCUGUUAAAGACUCUCCGAAGACUCACCUCAAGAAUGUAAAGGCUGUUGCAUACUCUCUGGCUCAAAUCCAACUAGAGGAGAAGAGUACUAGCCCAGCUUUUUUCAAGGAGGACAAAAUUCCGAAAUGCAUAGUCGAACCACGCAUAGUUUCUGAAUUGCCGUCUAGUUGUCCAAUUUGCACGAAGUUGGGCCACGCUCCUGAACAAUGUCCAUGGAGGAGACGUCUCCCCUUCGGCAUAACUCAAGUUGGCAAGGGCUAUGAAAUAUACGGCCGGCGUGUCAAUAUCCUUUGGUGUUCCUUUUGUGAUGAGAUUGGUCAUCACAGGAUCUCAGAAUGCCCGGAGUGGAACAAAAACAAGGAGGAAACCGAUUCAUGGGAAGAGUUCUUCUUCCCUGAAGAUAAGAACAGUUAGGGUCCUCCCAGUCCCACCCUUUUGAGCAAUGAUAUCUCAUCCUUCUGAUUUCUGAGCAAUGAUAUAUCAUCUUGGGUGCAUACAUACCUGCAGCAGCCGUUGAAUUGUCAUUUGUUUCAGCGCGCUAUAUUACAUGUUCUUGUGGACUCAUGUCUGACAUGGAAUACUUAAGCUAGAUAGCUCAAUCGUUGCCAUUUGUGGCUGGCAGAUAUACAUAGCGAUAUAGGUUUCUGUGCUUAAUCUGGAUUUGCAUAUGUGUUGGUGGUGUUUUUAAUUGAUAAUUGUUGCAAGUGAUUCUGAAUAAAACUAAUCAUCAGCGAAAAACGGUGUUUGUGAUA